AUGCGUACAAUAAGCCCUGUUAACCCCAUCUGUCGUGGUAGAGGUUCUAUCACAUACCCAAUCAGCCCAGUGAGUUCUAUACGCCAUCAAAAUGUCCUCGACGUAGGACAAGCGUAUAACUUCCAGAACGCAGAGAGCGGCUCUACGGUGCAUUAUGGAGGACCUCAGAAUCGAGACUCAGGCGUUGUAGAAGUCGAUGGCCUGCUGUAUCGGUAUGAUAUGGACUCUCGCGAGAGAGUUAAGGUACGCAACAUGCUUGAGAGACAGAAGAACGCUGGCAAGACCAGAGUUGAGAUCGGGAAGUACCUCUUCGAGACCUAUAAUAGGCGAGACCGGGGGCUUGGGGGUAUGGUAACGUACUUGGUUGGAAAAAACCAGACAUAUGAUAACAUCGCCGCUUUCGUUAUGAAGGCCGUUGGUUUGGAUCCGCCGGUCCAGCAGAGCUUUCGGCCACAGUCAGCCUAUGCUUCUCCAAAGCCUACUCGCCAGUCUCCAAAUGGUCCAGCCCUGUCGCAAUUCGGGGCCGAUAGCCCGGCUGGUACCCCUGUGAAACGCGCGGUUAACCCGAAGUACAUCUUUGAAGACGAUGACGAGCCACCUCUUUUACAACCGGCUACGAUCAACCGUAUCCAGCGGGGAUAUUUUGAUCCAAAGCUUGACUGGGGGAAGAAGUAG